CAAAGGCGCAUUGAAUAUUUAUUUUUUUCGUUAGUAGGUACUUUUUGCACCAUCGAUGAUGACAAUCGACACAAGACAAACAGUAAGCAAGUACGCUAGUUGACACAGCUAUAUUCUAAUGGCGGUGAACUCGAAUGGGCAAUUUGACGGGGCAGCAAGUUGGAGCGGGGAUUUGAUAUCACAAGAUAGUCCUUCUUUGACCACUGCUGCUGAAGCAACAACUGCGGAUGACAGCGUUUUAUUUAAUGUAAAUAACGCACAGCUUUCUGCAACUAAUCACAGCAACAACAACAGUAACAAUAACUGUAACAUUGAAUCACGUGUAUAUAAAGUCAACAGUAUCGACAGCAAUCAAACGAUUGUUUUAGAUCCAAACAGUGGAACUGUUAAUGAUCUGGAACGCUUAAACACCACGCAUGAUAUCAACGACACUCAUGCAACUGUGAGUACAUCACCUCAGAAACCUUCAGUUGAAUCGAAUAUAUUAAAGUGUGAAAAUGAAAACUUAACAUUGUAUAAAAGUGGGAUGGUACAAAGCAUAGAUGAGUCGAAUACAAGUUCAGACACAACCGAUGUCAAGAAACAAGACUCCAUGUUAAAUGACAAGGAGUCAAUAGUAGCAUCAUCUGAAGUGUUGGAUGGAGAGGAAGAACAAAGGGAUCCGGAGUGGACAGAGGAGCGCUUUCGAGUUGACAGGAGAAAGUUGGAACAAAUGUUGCAAGCUGCUGUCAGUGGAAAAGGGCAAGGUGGAGAGGAGUUUUUUAACCAGAUUAUGGAAGCCACUAAUACACAAAUAACUUGGCCAUCAAAGUUAAAGAUUGGUGCCAAAUCAAGAAAGGAUCCUCACAUUAAAGUUUGUGGCAAACAAGAAAACGUUUCAACAGCAAAAGAAAUGGUAAUGCAGGUUCUAGAUACAAAAUGUACGCGAGUCACUUUGAAAAUGGAUGUUUCUCAUACUGAACAUUCUCAUGUGAUUGGGAAAGGUGGUAACAAUAUAAAGCGAGUGAUGGAAGAGACUGGAUGUCACAUACAUUUUCCAGAUUCAAAUAGAAAUAGUUCUGCUGAGAAAAGCAACCAAGUUUCUAUUGCUGGACAACCGAUGGGUGUUGAAGUUGCUCGUUCCAAGAUAAGAGAUCUUCUUCCAAUUAUUAUCAACUUCGAUAUAUCAUUGUCUGGUGCGCUUCCUGAUCCGAAUUCACCACCUAUUCAACAAAUUGUGCUCACGUAUAAUAUCAGCGUUCAAUUUAAACAAAGAGCAAAAGUUUACUGCACAACUUGCACGAUACGCGGCUCUAAUGAUAAUGUCUCGGGUCUCAUAGAAGGAGCAAACAAACUUAUGCGUCAUUUGACAGGUGGUGUGGUACCAGUUUCAUCACAAAUUGAAGUUGCACCUCAACAACAUUUGUAUAUGCUUGGAAAAGACGCCGCUAAUGUAAAAGAUAUUAUGCACAAGACUGGAGCUCAGAUUCGAUUUCCGGAUCCAAACUCAUUACCAAAGAAGAGCACCAUCUUCAUCACUGGAUCAAUUGAAGCUGUAGUGAUGUCACGAGGAAGACUGAUGGGUUGUCUUCCCCUUGUGCUUAUGUUUGAUAUGAAACAAGAUGAAAGUCAAUCAGCUACAGAAGAAGCAAUAAAGAACAGUCAGCUUAUGGAAUUACUCGAUGUUUUUAUCAGCAUUAAAAUGAAACCUAAACAACCAAGUAAAUCGGUAAUUGUGAAAAGUGUUGAAAGAAACAUCCACAAAAUGUUCGAAGCUCGUCGACAGCUACUCAACCUGCCAUCCACGGGAUUACAACCUUCACCUCCUGUAUCACCACAACCAAUCCAAAUACAACAAGCUCCUGCUGUCACAUCAACACCUCUGAUUCGACUUACUCAUGCCCCUUCAUCUCAUGUUCAACCUCAGUAUAUUGGUAUUUUGCAACCAAAUAUGACAUUGGUUAACGGGGCAAUGAGCCCAAUCAGUCGCACCGGCACACCAAACGUUCCACCUAUGAUGCAAAGUUGGUCCCAUAAUCGCAUGCCAAGCCCUGCACAAAGCCCCUACCCUAUGACUCAACAGGCGACUGUUGCUGCAAUUCAAGCCCAACAACAACAGCACAUGAUGUUGCAAGCUCAACUAACUGCUCAACAACAACUCACUGCUGCAGUUAUUGCUUCAGCAAAUGCAAGUCGAGCUAGCAGUGUUGCGGGUUCUCCACCAACUCUGCAACACAGACAGGAAAGCAGUGAACGACUGGCAUCACCAAAUGCCAUGAAUAUGCAGGUUGCUCGUCAGUUUAUCAAAGAAAAUCUGUCUGCUUCUCAUGAUGUGAAUCCUCCAUACAGUGGUUUUGAACAACCAAACCAAUACACAAGGGAUGGGGGAGGGGUGGACGUUCAUCAACAAGAUGGAAGCCCGGUAGUAGUCAGCGAAAAUUGGGCAGAGUCUGAGGAAAGUCUACCUAACACUACAAACUACUACCCAUAUGAAAACAAGAGUGCUAAAAUAUCAAGCAAUGUACGUGGAUUACAACGACAUAUUCUAAACGUUCAAAAUCUUCGUGAGGGAAGUCUGUCGGCAAACAACUCGUUCAACAAAGGCAACUCCAAUAGUUUAUCUCUACACAGACACAGCAUAAGCACAGAUAACAUCACGCAAGAUGAAGUGAAUACAAAGUUUCAGAAACUUAAGCAGACUCGUGGGUCUUCCUUAGACGUGGAAACUUUUUCAGCUUCCGGUCACAGAAGAAAUUUAAUCCCUUCACAAACCUCCUCACCUGGUAGUGAUCAAAAUGUUCCAAUAAGCGGCAAACCUGACAAACCAUCUGAGCCAUCAACAUCUGAUAAUUAUGUGAAGCAAGUAAACGCUGCUCGUCGAAGUCCAUCUUCGUCAUCCUCAUCAGCUGAUCUUCAUUCCUCACUACCACGUAUGCAUGGUUCUCCCACAAGAGGGCAGUACUUGCAUCCGGAUCACGCAAACUAUGAUCGAUCAAUCGAUGGAAGAUCAUCUUUAUCGGAGGGUGUGAAGAACGCUUACAUCAGUGCUGCUGAAUCGAACAAUGACGAUGAUCUUCGAGAGUUGAAAAAGUAUUUUCAAUCACCGGCCCCCCCUCCUGGUUUUGAGCAACUAGCAAUGUCAUCUCAUUCAACUCUGACUGACUAUGAUUAUGAAACUCGACGACAAGAAGCUUACAAAGCGAUGCAGCAUCGACCUGUUGCAACGGAGAUUCGUAAACCAACGGACACUUGGUCUGGGCUUGGAUUCUCUCAUUCGAUGCCAGUCAACCAACUAAAGCAGGAGAAGGAUAAAUACAAACUUAAACUAACCACAACUUAUGAGGGUGAAGAUGGUCAAGUAUAUGAAGAAGAAAAGUCAGCGGAGGCGGGAUACCUUGGUAUGAGUCAGCAACUUGCCAACUCAAGCAAAGGAAGUUCUGCUUUGUCUUCAUGGCGAGAACGAAACAAUCACAAUCUAUCGCACAGUUUACAUUCCAAAGUGGGAGAUCUUUCAAAUGCUAUUCCUAAGCGAAGACAACAUUCUACUUUUGACCCACUUCCUAAAGAAUACAUGAACCAUUCAAUCCCCCCUCCCCCGCAUCCAAAUGAUGAUCCCACUCCUCCACCAACAUUCAGACCACAAAGAACAUCCAACAAUCCACCAGGAGAUUCAGUAACUCGUCUUCCAGGAGGAGUGAUCGCCAACCAACCGCUUGAGGCAGCAUUAUCCUUACUUACCGACACGCAUCUUGGUGGACAAUCCAACUGCAUUGAGCUUCAUGACCUUCUUAGUCAUCUUAACUUGGAAAAAUAUAGUGAAGUUUUUACUAAACAAGAGGUUGAUCUUCAAACUUUCCUCACUUUAACUGAAUCUGACCUAACAGAGCUUGGGAUUACAAUAUUUGGACCAAAGAAAAAGAUCCUGAUGGCAAUUGAAGAACUAAAAAAAAAUCGAAACAUCUUGUAUGCAAAUAACAUCAAUCCAAACUCUGUGGAACGUGGUGUUGCUAGGCAACCAGCGCCUGAAGUAUUACCCAAUAACUCACGUAAACAAGUACUCGAUAAUUUGCUACAAAAUUGUGGCAAUCGUGAUUCAACUCACCUGCGUGGAAACCAAGCAAACAUGCUUUCAAACAGUAGAUUAGUUCACCACACAAAGGGUAUUGUUAGUCAGAGUGGUCGUUGGUGAUUGGGAAGUGUAAUAUGAUAUGAAAUUAUUUACCUAGUUGUUUAUGUUUGUUAUUAAUUUAAAAACUGGUGGUUGUGUUUUUUGUAACUAAUGAUUGUUUACCUGAGUUUAAUUCACUCUUAUUGAUGUUCAUAUCACUUCUAUUGGAAUACGAACUUCAUAUGAUUAAUUAUGAUUAAGAUUAAUAAGGUUUUGUAUGUGUUGAAAGUUAGUGCUGUGCUAAUUUUCAUGAACUGUGUGUUAUUUUGUAUACAUAUUGUAAAUGUUGUAUAUUUUCUUGCGGUACUGAUUGCAUUUAUGUUGCUUUUUGUUUUGCACAAAUAUCUUAAGCUUUCUGCGCAUAACCUCGUUGAAUAAUUGCAUUAUUAUAAUUUUUAACCAAAAAACUCUUCUCUUUGAUUUAUUUAAUUUUUCAUCACGUUGUAAAACACUUAAUGGUUCCUUUUCAAAUCAGUUGCCAACCUGGUAAUAUUACCUAACCUUGAUACGAAUCGUUACGUCAAUUCUGCUUCGUUGCUUUUUUUGCAUAUUAACUUGUUCCUAACUCAAUUGAUGCUGUGUACGUAUUUACACUACCAGAUUUCAUUUACACUUUUCAAGUACAUAUGUUUGUUUGAAGUUCAUGUCAAUUAAUUUGUAAUUUGCGAACCACAAUCGUGCUUCACUAAUGAAAAUGCUCUUAUUUAUUGCUAUAUUAUAUUUUAACAUGCGUUACUUUUUGAUGGUUAAGUGAAAUCCUGUGAACCUUCAUUAACUUAAGGUUUUUAUGUCACGUGCCACUCGUUCAUAAAAGGGAUUACAUAUUUCUUAUAUUGCGUAAUGUUUAUUUUCAGAUCGGUAAUUUGUCAAGAGAUUUUUUGGCUGGUUAUAAAUUAAUGUUAAGAUA